ACUGGUGACUCAAGUACUUAGUUAACUGUUGAUGUAACCUUGCGAAACUUCCAGAUGAGUUGUAUUUGAUUUUGUUAAGAUGGACAUUUCAUGUUGGUAGACUUUUAACAAUAGCUGGAUUGGCGUGUUUUGUUCUGUUUGAUAAUCUAUUAUCCUAGAUACCUUAAUAUUUGUUUUAAAUCAAAGGUAUUGAGAUCAAAAGCUUUAGUGGUCAAUAAAAGGCAACCAUGUUGCAGUUAAACAUUGAAAAAGGAUCUGACAUGGUCCAAGACUUCUUGUGUUCGCCAUGCGAAGAACGACAACUCGAGGAAUCAGCUGAUUAUUACUGCGAGUCUUGCGUGAAGUAUUAUUGCAGUAAAUGUAUUUACAUGCACAAUCAGUUGUUUAUGAAACAUUCCCCUUAUGGAAGGGGAGACAUAAAGAAAUUGCCAUUUGCCAAGAAGGUGGAAGAUUUUCUUCUAAAAUGUGUUGUACAUAAAGAAGAAAACCUGGAAAUUUUGUGCAAAGACCAUAGCCAGCUGUGCUGCAAUUUUUGCGUUUUACUUAAUCACAGCAAAUGCAAAACAGUGAUGCUUUUAUCAGACUUUGUGAAAAAGACCUCAACAGACCUCAAACAUGUAUCAGAUGCUAUCAAAACUACUAUGGGGAAACUGAAGGGGCUUCAAAAGAACUUGGAGGCUAGCAUUCGGUUUGGGCAAAGUUCAUAUGAUGAGCAGUUACACAAAGUACAGGAAACUCGUGAAAAAGUAAUUGCAGCCUUAAACAUGCUUGAAAAGGAGACACUGAGGGAAAUGAAAGAUAAAUUAACCACAAUUCAAGCCACUCUAAGAAGUGAUGUUGAUAAAUGUACCACUCUUGAAGAUGAAUUAAAAUUGUCAGGUCUUUUGAGGAUCUUUCAGGGAGAUCCAGAUCAAAUAAUAAGGAUAGACAAGAAGUCUGAGUAUGAUGGACACAUGAUAAGUGAUGAUUGCGUUAUCAGAGACUUCUGUGUUCUCCCUAGUGGACAGGUCCUGGUUGCAGACAUGAAUCAAGUCAAGUUGCUGAACCAGCACUACAAGCUUGUGAGUCACUGUAGUUUAUCUAAUGCCCCAUUGAGCAUUUGUCAGAUCACACCCAGUGAGGUUGGUGUAACUGGCGGCAAAGAGGUCCAGUUUAUAAAAGUCAACAAAAGCCAGCUGGUGAUAGACAGAAAGCUUCGGUUAGAACAUUCAUGUUAUGGUAUUGCCCACCACCAGGGAGACCUGUUUGUCACUGUACACAAGUACACAAUGAGUGGUGAACUUGUCAGCAAACUGCACCAGUCUAAAUCAGAUACUUGCUCAGUAGAGAAAUGUGCAGUUAGCCCAACAGGUGACAAAUUGUACAUCACCAGCUCCUCCCAAAACAAGCUGCUCACACUGGCCAUUGACGGAUCAGUUCUUUCCACCUUUAUGGAUCCUGAAUUGAAAUAUCCUCGUGGGAUAUACGUGACACCUGUAGGCCAAUUGCUGGUAUGUGGACGUGACUCCAGCACUAUCCUACAGGUGGACAGCAAGGGCAAUAAGAAGCUUGCCACUCUUGCUACACAGAGGGAUGGGCUUAACAGCCCAUGCUCAGUCUGCUACAACAACAAUACUGGCUCAAUUAUUGUGGGACAGAGGGAUAAAAACAAGAUCCUGGUGUUGAAAGUGCAAUAACUUAUUAUGCCCCCCUUCCAAGAAGAGGGGGUAUAUUGCUUUGCACAUGUCGGUCGGUCUGUUGGUCCAUCCACCAGGUGGUUUCCAGAAUAUAACUCAAGAAAGCUUAGGCCUAGGAUCAUGAAACUUCAUAGGUACAUUGAUCAUGACUCGCAGAUGACCCCUAUUGAUUUUGAGGUCACUAGGUCAAAGGUCAAGGUCACGGUGCGCCGAAAUAGUAAAAUGGUUUUCGGAUGAUAACAUAAGAACGCUUAGGCCUAGGAUCAUGAAACUUGAUAAGUAGAUUGAUCAUGACUCGCAGAUGACCCCUAUUGAUUUUCAGGUCACUAGGUCAAAGGUCAAAGCCACAGUGACCCGAAAUAGUAAAAUGGUUUCCGGAUGAUAACUCAAGAACGCUUAGGCCUAGGAUCAUGAAACGUGAUAGGUAGAUUGAUCAUGACUCGCAGAUGACCCCUAUUAUUUUCAGGUCACUAGGUCAAAGGUCAAGGUCACAGUGACCCGAAAUAGUAAAAUGGUUUCCGGAUGAUAACUCAAGAACACUUAUGCCUACGAUCAUGAAACUUCGUAGGUAGAUUGAUAAUGGCUGGCAGAUGACCCCUAUUGAUUUUCAGGUCACUAGGUCAAAGGUCAAGGUGACCCGAAAUAGUAAAAUAUUUUCCGGAAGAUAACUCAAGAACGCUUAUGCCUAGGAUCAUGAAACUAUACAGGUACAUUGAUCAUGACUCGAAGAUGACCCCUAUUGAUUUUCAGGUCACUAUGUCAAAGGUCAAGGUGACCCAAAAUAGUAAAAUGGUUUCCGGAUGAUAAGUCAAGAACGCUUAUGCCUAGGAUCAUGAAACUUGACAGGUAGAUUGAUAAUGACUCACAGUUGACCUCUAUUGAUUUUCAGGUCACUAUAUCAAAGGUCAAGGUUACGGUGACCUGAAAUAGUAAAAUGGUUUCCGGAUGAUAACUAAGAACGCUAAUGGCUACGAUCAUAUCAUGAAACUUCAUAGGAAAAUUGAUCAUGACUGGAAGAUGACCUUUAUUGAUUUUCAGGUCACUAGGUCAAGGGUCAAGGUCACAGUGACUCAAAACGGUAAAAUGGUUUCCGGAUGAUAACUCAAGAUUGCUUAAGCCUAGCAUCAUGAAACUUCAUAGGUACAUUGAUCAUGAACGGCAGAUGACCCCUAUCAAUUUUGAGGUCACUAGGUCAAAGGUCAAGUUUACGGUGACCCGAAAUAGUAAAAUGGUUUCCAGAUGAUGACUGAAGAACGCUUAUUCCUAGGAUCAUGAAACUUUAUAGGGUAUUGAUCAUGACUCGCAGAUGACCCCUAUUGAUUUUUAGGUCACUAGGUCAAAGGUUAAGGUCACGGUGACCCGAAAUAGUAAAAUUGUUUGGGGAUGAUAAUUCAAGAACGCUUAUGGCUAGGAUCAUGAAACUUCAUAGAUACAUUGAUCAUGACUGGCAGAUGACCUCUAUUGAUUUUCAGGUCACUAGGUCAAAGGUCAAGGUCACAGUGACAAAAAACAUAUUCACACAAUGGCUGUCACUACAACGGAGAGCUCAUAUGGGGGCAUGCAUGUUUUACAAACAGCCCUUGUUAUUCUUGUCUCUGAUAUGUAUUAUGUGAGUGAUAUAAUGUGCAAUAGUUGUAAGGUAGAAAUUGUUAUGUAAUGAUGUAUGUAAUAUAAAUAAUUGUUGCUGUUUCUGUAAUAGUGUUAUGUAACAGUUCAAGAAUAUUAAUACACAUUAUUAUGCCCCCCUUCGAAGAAGAGGGGGUAUAUUGCUUUGCACAUGUCGGUCUGUUGGUCCGUCUGUCCGUCGGUCUGUCCACCAGGUGGUUUCCGGAUGAUAACUCAAGAACGCUUGGGCCUAGUAUCAUGAAACUUCACAGGCACAUUGAUCAUGACUUGCAGAUGACCCCUAUUGAUUUUGAGGUCACUAGGUCAAAGGUGAAGGUCACGGUGACCCGAAAUAGUAAAAUGGUUUUGGGAUGAUAACUUAAGAACGCAUACGCGGCCAAAAGGGCGAACUCUGAACAAUAUAACUGAAGCAACUGGUCUGUAAUCCUAAAUCUAUAAUUAUCAGUGCAAUGAAACAUCAUCAUUUGAGUAAAAUAAAGUGGAUCCAGGGCCCUCAAUCUGUCAAAUCCACGGCCGAAAUUCGGCCGCAUUCCCCCCCCCCCCUGAAAAGUAUACUUAUUAUCCCCUUUUUGGGGUAAAAAUUCCCCCUAAAAAAAUAAAAAUAAAAAUAUUUUUUUUUUUUUAGAUAGAUGUGUCUCAUGAUUAUUAUAUCUCAAUUCUAUUUUAAUUUAAUCUUGUCAAACAUACUAAACUAUGUAAAAAGCAUAAAUAUAGUGCAAACAUGUACAAAUGUGUUAUAUAAUUAGAGAGUAAGUAAAAAAUCCCCCCAAAAGGGAAACGCCGCGAAAAUUCCCCCUGCUAUGGGUGCGACCUGCUUCCCCUAAAAUGGAUUGAGGGCCCUGUGAUCAGUAAAAAUAUUAUCAGAAUAUGAGCUUUUUUUGUAUAUUUUGUAUAUUAAAUAUUGUGUUAAUGUUUAAUUUUGUUGAUUAAUAUAAAUAUAAGCAGGACAAGGGAGGUAAUACACUAUUAUAUCUUUCUUAUAUACAGGGGAAACAAAUGCAAUAAGUUUAAAUUUCAUGUUUAAUAAAUAGAGGAUUUUUGUUCAUGUCAGUGUGGGAUCAUUUGUUAUUUUUUUCAUUGUCCCUUGACAUAUUGCUUUUAUAUUUUGCAU